CGCCUCGUCGCCUGGGCCUGGGCCUGCGCCUGCGCCUGCCGCCGCCUCGCCUCAUUGUCUCCCACCCCACCCCACCCCCGUGCUGCCUGCGCUUUUGCCAGCGCGCGCCCCACCACCACCCCGAAAAGAAAUUCCCCCAAUUCCGCUCCAUCCCGCGCGCAUCCGGAUCCGCUCUGAUCGAGGGUGUGGGUUGAUUUGGACUCUGUGCCUGCCUUCCUGCCCUGCCCUGCCUGUGACGGCGGCGUGGAGGAGGAGGAGGAGGAGGGCAUGGACGAGUUCGAGCUGGAGGACAACCUCGAGUUCAUCCUCCAGAGCAUCCAGGAGCUCAUGGAGGACCAGGGGGACAACAACGCCUUCGGCGACGCCAACCAGAACGAGCUCUUCGCCAGCCUCGUCAGCUACGACCAGGAGAACAUGCUGCCCGACGUCUCUGCCGCGGACGUCGCUGCGGGGAAGGACAUGCAGGGGAUCCCGUGGGAGAAGAUGCUCUUCGGGAGGGAUAAGUACCGGGAGAUGAAGAUGAAGAACUACAGAAAUUACCAGAACCUAAGUUACGCACGGGAGGAUGCUUUGCAGGAGUGCAAACACGUGGAGAAGGAUAGCCCUUACUAUGAUUUCCACUACAACACAAGGCGUGCUCGGCCAUCAAUUGUACAUUUUCAGCUACGGAAUCUAGUAUGGGCAACAACCAAACAUGAUGUUUAUACAAUGCAUGAUCAGUCAGUGACACACUGGUCCUCACUGGAGCAGACGAGCACUGAGCUAAUCGAUGCUGAUGAUUGCAUCGUCCCGAAACAGAGGGGGCAUGGUUCACAGUCAGUGGCAAUGGUCCAGGUCACAACAAUGGCCGUGGAUAGUAAUUUAUUAGUAGUUGGUGGCUUUCAAGGGGAGCUUAUAUGCAAGCGCUUGGAUGAUGAUGGGGUUGUUUACAGCACAAGGGUUACAGAUGAUGAAAAUGCAAUCACUAACUCUUUAGAGAUCUAUCAGGAUCCCAGCGGAUCUAGAAGGUUGGUGGCUGCUAACAAUGACUGCUCCAUCAGGAUUUUUGACACCGAGUACUUUGACCUCCUCAAGCACUAUGUCUUUCCUUGGUCUGUGAAUAGUGUUUCUGUGAGCCCAAAUGGGAAACUCUUUGCUGUCCUGGGAGAUCAUGAGGAUGGUUGUAUAGUGGAUCCCAAGUGUGGCAAGGCAAUUGGUUCUCUUAGGGGUCACUUGGAUUACUCAUUUGCAUCUGCGUGGCAUCCUGAUGGCAAUAUCGUGGCAACUGGGAGUCAAGACACUACAUGCAGGCUAUGGGACAUCAGGAACCUAUCACAGUCGGUAGCUGUGCUUGGUGGAAGGAUGGGCUCAAUUCGGUGUGUCAAGUUCUCUUCAGAUGGGCGCUUCCUUGCGACAGCAGAGCCUGUGGAUUUUGUCCACAUAUAUGAUGCUUAUGCGGACUACAGCAAAUGUCACGAGAUUGACUUGUUUGGUGAGAUUGGUGGUUUAGCAUUCAGCCCGGACACUGAGGCCUUCUAUGUGGGCCUUGCGGACCAGACAUACGGAGGCAUGAUCGAGUUCAGAAAGAGGCACCAACAUCACUACCUCAACUCCUUGUGGUGAGACCAGCCACUGAGCGGAAAUUUGGCUUGGCAGCUGUUGGACCCCAUUGUUGCACUGUGUGCUGAAGAGGAGUGCAUGCGUGCAUGGUCCUGCAGAGGAGGAUGUCAUGGAAGCGUUUGCUGCUUUUAGUUUUUGGGUGCAGCACCGGGAUGCAGAAGUGUAUAAAAUUCUUGGGGGGAGGGGUUUCUUUCCUUGUUGCUAGUAAUCUGGGUUUGUCGCAUGACUUGUGGAACUGAAGGCGGUAGCAUAUGUAUAGCCUUUCUGUUUCUCGACACCUAACAAUGUACAUAGUUCGUGUCUGGAGAUUAUCUCCCCAUUCACCGUCUUACUGAACCUGGUGGAACAUGAUAACAAUGUAGUAGGUGUAGGUUGAAGUUUAUGUUCCUUUUCGAAUUGGGAGCUCUGCAAGACGGCAAUCAAAGACGGCCGGUACCUUGUGCUGGUAUGCAAA